ACGUGUGACGUGUGUUUUUAGAACAGCUCUAAAUUUAUAAUACAAAACACAGAUGAAACAGAGCACAUUGUACUCAUUAGUGAUGGAGUGAACGAACGAGGGUAAAGACAUAACAAAGCGAUACAGUACAUUGUAUUCGCGAAUUUCAAUCCAUUCCUCCGGAAAAUUUUUAUUUAGACCUACUCUAGGAAUAGGUGCAAAUUAUAAUUUAUUUUCAAGUUGUAAAAUCGUGACACAGAUUGAAGUUUUAAUCAAAAUGGUUUGCAGAUGUGAUCAAUUAAAAUCUACACAAUGAACAGAUAAAAGUUACUUGUUCUUAUAUUUGAUCAUGGCAUCUAAUACUGAUUUGAUGUCUCAAGAUGUCACAUGGAAGAAACCUCUAGAGUUACUAAAUGGUGGGGAAACAGUAAAAAUAUGUGCUCCAAUGGUUAGAUAUUCCAAAUUACCGUUUAGAAUGUUAGUGAGAAAGUAUGAUUGUGAUUUAGCCUUUACACCAAUGAUAAUAUCUAAUAGUUUUAAUAAAUCAGUUCAAGCAAGAGAUGCUGAUUUCUCUACAUGUAAAGGUGAUCGUCCUUUAAUUGUACAGUUUGCUGCUGACAAUGCAUGUGAUCUUUCUACAGCAGCAGAAAUAGUUUAUCCUUUCUCAGAUGGCGUUGACCUGAACUGUGGAUGUCCACAAAAAUGGGCUAUGGCAGCAGGAUACGGAUCAUGUUUAAUCUAUAAACCUGAAUUAUUAUGUGAUAUGGUGAAACAAACCCGAUCUAAAAUAUCAGAUGACAAUUUUACCAUAUCUGUUAAGAUGAGAAUCCAUUCAAACCUCAGGGAAACAGUAGAUCUGUGUCAGAAAGCCGAGAAAGCUGGAGUCUCAUUCUUAUCCGUUCAUGGUCGAACAAAGGACCAGAGAAAUGAUCCUGUUAAUAUAGAAGCUAUUAGGUUAAUACGGGAAAAUAUAGAUAUACCAGUAAUAGCUAAUGGUGAUAUUAAAAGUUUACAAGAUGUUCAACUCACAGUCGACAAAACGGGUGUCCAUGGUGUGAUGGCUGCUCGUGGUAUUUUAACUAAUCCAGCCAUGUAUAGUGGUGAAGAUAUCACUCCUCUUCAUUGUAUAAAACACUGGUUGGAUAUAUCACUUUCACUAGGUACACCAUUCCCUAUCUUUCAUCAUCAUUUGAUUUACAUGUUAGAGAGAAUACUCUGUCGCUCUGAACGACGAAUAUUUAAUACUCUGGGUAGUAUGUCUGCGAUAUUAAACUUUUUACAAGAGCAGUAUGAUAUAUCCUAGCAGUAUAAGUGGUACAUAAUAUAUAUUUGCAGAUCUAUAUUUCGUUUUGUUUUUUUAUACUUUCGAUGGCCUACACUGCAUGAAGAUCUGACCAGUUCUAGCGAUAGGUCGUGUCAGAGGUCAUAUGAGUGGCUUUUGACCCUAUGAUAUCAGACAUUUGAUUAACCAAUCAGCAUUGAUGUUACUAGUGGAUUACCCACAGUUCCAUGCAAAACACUCCAAAAGCUCGCAGGAACAGAACGUUUCAUUGGCUAAUCCCUCACACCAUUCAGAACAGGUCAAUGAUAACAACUCUUCCAGAUCCUAGUGUAGUAAAGACAAGUAAAAUGAAAUUUUGAACUAUAAAAAACGAAACGAAAUAGGAUAUGUGUUUUAAUCAGAUUGAUUGGUACAGGAAUAAUAUGAUAUAUCUAAAAGAAGUAUAAUUCAUACAAGAACAAUAUAAUUCAAAUUAUCAUGUAUACAGUAAUCUCUAUUCAGUGUCUCAGAAUUAAAAAAGAAUUAUUCACUAGUGUACAGAACGUGCAUGGGGAUUUAAAUAAUAUAAAUGUUAUGGAAAUGUGCCCAAUUGGUUGCUUAUUAUUACCAUAUUGGUAGUAGGUCACCAAUAUUAAACAUUUUAAGGGAACAACAUUAGCAGCAAUAAUUCCAUUAUUUUGUGUAUUGAAAUUGUAAUUCUAAGAAUUAAUCAGAUGUAUUGCUGGUGUGUAAGUGAUACAAGAGGAAUAUUAAACAUUUUACAGGAAAAAUAGCUGUUCAGUGCCUAUGAAUUGACAGGAUUGAUUUGCAAUAUCACUUUUGUGGAAGGAGACAUUGUAUCAUAAGGCCUGUCAUUGAGUCAACAGGCGUGGUUUCGAUUCCUGGGUUGUACGUGACAAGGAGUAGGGUCGCCUGUCCAACCUCGUGGGUUUUCUCUGGGUCCUCCAGUUUCCUCCCACUGCUAAAGAACCCUACCUGCAAUCGAAUUAUUGAAAUAAAA